AUAUUAUGUUUUUACUACCUACUGUGUAAAAACACAGCUAAUUACUUUUUUAUUUUCUUCUAUGUUAGCCCAAAAUGUUGGUUCAGUACAAGAUAAGAAGUGUACGCCUAAUGUCUGUAUGUCGGUUGGCAGCAGCAACAUUUGGAAGCUCUACAAAACAAGGUGUUAUCCUGCACUCUCUCUCUAAUAAUGUUUACGAAAACCUAGCUGUGGAAGACUGGAUACAUGAUCACAUGAACUUAGAGGAGAAGAAUGUAUUAUUUUUGUGGAGAAAUUCACCUUCUGUGGUUAUUGGCAGGCACCAGAAUCCCUGGAAAGAAUGCAAUCUCCAUCUAAUGAGAAAAGAAGGAAUCUGCUUGGCAAGGAGAAGGAGUGGUGGUGGGACAGUUUAUCAUGACCUCGGAAACAUAAAUUUAACAUUCUUCACAACAAGGAAAAAGUAUGAUAGAGUAGAGAAUCUCAACUUGGUUAUUAGGGCUCUUAAAUCCUUGCAACCUCUUUUGAAUGUACAAGCAACACCUAGGUAUGACCUAUUUUUAGAUGAAAAAUUUAAAAUUUCUGGUACUGCAGCAAAGCUUGGAAGGAAUGUUGCUUAUCAUCACUGUACACUCUUAUGUAGUGCAAAUAGCUCUAUGUUGCCAUUUGUUCUACAAAGCCCUUACAGAGGCAUUGAGAGUAAUGCUACUGCAAGUGUGCCAUCACUUGUCAGAAACCUAUCUCAGGCAGACUCUACUUUGACCUGUGAAGCUGUGAUGGAUGCUGUGUCUUCAGAGUAUUCUGCUCUUUAUGACAAUAAACCCAGUGUUCAGCAUAUAGAUCCAAGCAAUGACACAUUAUUUUCUGGUAUAUCUCAGAAGAAGAGAGAGCUAUCCACUUGGGAAUGGGUUUAUGGAAAAACACCAAAAUUUGGACUUGCAACCUCUUUUCAGAUUAUGUACAAGCAGUCCUUUCUGAAUGUCAAUCUAACAAUGGAAAUAAAAAAUGGUUACAUAGAGACUUGCUUCAUAGAGUUUCCUGAUUUUUGGCUUCCAGAAGAAUUGUCUGAUGAACUUCAAAAUGGUUUAGUGGGCAAUAAGUUUUGCCCCAAAGAAACUGCAUUUCUGUUAAGUACUUUACUAAGAACAUGUUCUCAAGAUGAGGACGUUUCCACAAAAUGGAACUUGUUGUGUGAAAAAAUUAUGUCAAUAAUGUGACCAUAUAUAAAUGCAAAAAAUUGUACUAUGUGUGAGAUUGGAUACUAACUUCAUAUUGAAAAUAUAUUUAUUUUGUGCUUUGCUGUGUUUUUAUCAUAUGAAUUGUAAAAUAUUUACAGUGAACUUUUUCUUUUGAAAAUAACUAACCCCUUAAUACAUGGGGUUAGUUGACAGUUUUUUUUUAUUUUAGCUUUUUAAAAAACUUUAUUCAUGGUUUUGAUUUUCUUUUGGGGGGAGGCACUGUCUUGACUGAAGCAGGUUUGAAAUUUUGGCAAUGUGUUCAGUGGAAAUGACACAAUAUAUUAGAUUGUGUGUGUGUGUGUAUAUUUUUUAACUGAAUCCGUAUAUUAGACUUGGGCAUUCGUAUUCAGAAAAAUUGAUUUUCUAAUGAAAAUCUUAAUUUUUGUCCAUUCGUCCGAAUAACUAAUAGAGAGACGAACAAAAUGACUGACCUAAUUGGCGCCCAUUCAUUAUUUCGCCCUAUUUUCAUAAAAUCUGAAGGAAGUGACCUAAACCAACAAGUGGGUACCAAAGGUAUGUGCCAUUCAUUCAUUUGGAGUUGUUGUUAGGCAUUUUGAAUUAACUGUCUGUUAAUGUAUGUAUUGCAAACUGCCGAACAAGCAAUCUCAAUGCAUGGAUGUUUCUAUGUUUGUUGUUCAUUUGUUUGUUCUGUUCACGCUCAUAUAUUUUAUAAGUAAAGGUAUGUUGAGAGUGAGCGGAACGACCGAUCGCGGAACGAACGAACGAACGAACGAGUCAUUCGUGUAUUCAGAUGAACCAUUCCGCUUUUUUCAAUACAUUGCUUUAGCAUAUGGACAACAUGGGGAUGGGAGAGUGAACUUAUUCGCCUCAAUUCGUUUAUUUAUUAAUUUGGAUGCCUUGUUUGAAACAAAGAGGAGGGGUAUGGGAGUGAGCUGAUUAUCAUUUGUCCAAUUAGCUCACUCCUGUGACAUGAUGCAGUAGGGGCUUAUCCAAUGGUGCGUGCUUUAGCAUGGGUUAAAAAUAAUUAACCAAACAGCUGCAUAAAAGCAGGCAGGGGAUUUUUCUCUGCCCUUCUUUGACUAAGCUUUGGUGGUGACACACUGUGCUUCUGGGCUGUGCUAGCUUCAUUGCUUAUUAGAGAUUUUCUGUGAGUCUUGGUGUGCCUGCCUUUUCUCACAACUUGUUAAAUUUGAUAGACUAUUCCCAAUAAUUUGUUUUUCAUUUUUGUGCUUUCUGAGAGCUGUGCACUGCUGUGCUGCUGACUGCCAGUUCCUGCCUUCCCUACAUGCUUACUGCCUACAGCAACCAGAUUUUACAGCUAUUCUGCUUAAAAAUAAUUAAUUAGCAUAAAUUGAUUUAAAAUUUAGAGUUGGUAGAAUCAUUCAAGACCUUUAGCUUAGUGGGCACGCGGGCUUCUGCGCUGGGGGUAGACUAGAUUAGUUUGUUUUCCUAACCCUAGUAGAAAAUUAAUAUAGUCUAGCUGUUAGGUUUUUUUAAAUUUAAACUAGCCUUUUAAAUUAAAACUAACAAAGUCAUACUAGUUGAUUUGUUAGGCAUUCAUCUCAUAGAGGUGCUGCAGUGUUUCAUUCUGGGUGCUGAUAGAGAGAGAGAGUUCCUUUUUGGUCAGUCUCAGCUAAGUGUGUGUGACUAUGUUUUAACUUUUUAACUGAAUCCAUACUCCAGUCCACACACAUAGGUAGUUUAAUCAGUGCCAGUAAAAUUACCACUGCUAGCACAGAGUCUCAGUGACUGAACUGAUUUUUGUGUCAUUCACUCACUCACUGGCUGGGUGUGCUUGCUUUCCAGGCAGUCGGUGUAAGAGUUAAAGUAUCACUAUAGGGUAAGAAACACAAACAUGUAUCCCUGACCCUAUAGUGAAAACCCACCAUUUAGGUGGCUUGCCCCCCCCUGCCCUCCUUAGCCCCCUCAGAAUGGGUUAAAACUCCCCUUACUUACAGCUCUCCACGUGUCUGCUGGUGCUGGCCACGCCCCCUUGGUGACCAUCAAAAUGGCAGAUUUUUAGCCAAUCGGAUUGGCAAAAAUCUGCAAGGGGGCGGGGCCAAACACAGUUUGGGCCAAUCAGCACUUCCUCUUAGAGAUGCAUUGAAUCACUGCAUGUCUAUGAGGAAAAUUCAGCGUCCCCAUGCAGAGCGUGGGGACGCUGAACGGCAGGGCUGCCUACUGUGCAGCACUGAGCCAGGAAACACCUCCAGUGGCCACUUGGAGGUGUCCCUAGGGGCAAUGUAAACACUGCGUUUUCUCUGAAC